AUGUCUUUAUUCAAUAGGCCAUACGUGUCUGACGGCCACAUACUAGAGAGUCCACCGCUCUCAGCAAAGGCGCGCCGCUUUCUUCAUGCGGUAUACAUGUUCUUGGGUCUUUACUUUGUCAGCCUAUUCUCGUUUACCCCUUAUGCUGCGGCUGAGGCCUCUCAGUUUAAUAUCAAGAAUCCCGCAAACCGUGAUCCUAGAUAUAGGAAUGGCCGGGGUGUAGGCAGAGGUGGAGGAGGCGGGAACAAUCACGACAGGAGAGGUGGAGGUGGAGGUGGAGGUGGCCCUUCGAAACGAAUUGGGAGGGUGGACGACGUCCGUGGUCCAGAAUGCAGUAGUUGUGGAUUUAGGACACCUAAAAACAAGAACGAGCCAUGA